UUUUCUUUCUUUUCUUUUUUUUUUUUUUCCACCCAGCUUACCCAUUUAUGUGCUAUGUCUGCCAAGAACAGGAGUCCAACAAGAACUGUUUGACCAUUUCCAUGUGUGCAGAGAAAGACAAAUACUGCGUGACUGUCCGUAAUUAUGCUGGAACAGAGCCCAACAAGCCUAAAUACGUCAUCUCUAAGAUGUGCUCUCCAACAUGUCCAUCAAGAAGCCAGCAACAAAACCAAACCUACCAGAGGGUUUAUUGCUGUGAGAAGCCAUUGUGCAACGUGAAUGGAGUCAACAGCAAGCACAGCAGCUACGGAGUGAUGUCCCUGGGUGUCCUAACCGCUACCGCUUACAUCUUUGCCUGUGGACUCUGAUGGGUCAGGAAACGCUCCCCGUGAUGGCGUGGUUGGCUGAAAUAAAAGUGUGUUGCUCU